GUUCGCCGGAGUCCAGAGACGCCGCGGCAAGGGGGAAGGCAGCGUCGGUGGCCUCUCCUCGUUCCCCUCUCGCUGCUAGCGGGGGAUCUGCCCGGCGCGGCGACGGGGCCGCGGCCCCCGGGGCAGGUGCGUCCCCUCGCGGUCUCCGGCCGCGCGACGCCGCGCAGUGGGGCGCGGAGCCCCGUGCCCGCCUCGGACGUCCGCUCACCUGCUGCUGCCGCCGACCGAGGAUGCAGGGUGCCCCGUCCCGGCGGCCGGCUCUGCGGGAGCUGCCCCAGCGCUGCUGCCCGCAGCCCACCAUGACCGGGCCGAGGCUGGCCCUCGCCGCCGCGCUCCUCUGCAGCUGCACCUCGCCGGUGGCCGACGCCAACUCCUGGUGGUCUUUGGCCAUGAACCCCAUCCAGAGACCCGAGAUGUACAUCAUCGGCGCUCAGCCGGUGUGCAGCCAGCUGCCGGGGCUCUCCCCCGGGCAGCGCAAGCUCUGCCAGCUCUACCAGGAGCACAUGGUGUUCAUCGGGGAGGGGGCUCGCAGUGCCAUCAAGGAGUGCCAGUACCAGUUUCGGCAGCGGCGGUGGAACUGCAGCACGGUGGACAACACCUCUGUCUUUGGGCGCGUCAUGAAAAUAGGGAGCCGAGAGACUGCUUUCACCUAUGCCGUCAGCGCUGCCGGGGUGGUGAACGCCAUCAGCCGUGCUUGCCGGGAGGGAGAACUCUCCAGCUGUGGCUGCAGCCGGACAGCCCGGCCCAAGGACUUGCCCCGAGACUGGCUGUGGGGUGGCUGUGGCGAUAACGUGGAGUAUGGAUAUCGUUUUGCCAAGGAGUUUGUGGAUGCCAAGGAGAGGGAGAAGAACUACGUGAGAGGUUCAGAGGAGCAGGCUCGCAUGCUGAUGAACUUGCAGAACAACGAGGCUGGCCGCAGGGCCGUGUACAAGCUGGCAGACGUGGCCUGCAAGUGCCACGGCGUGUCGGGCUCCUGCAGCCUCAAGACCUGCUGGCUGCAGCUGGCCGACUUCCGCAAGGUGGGCGACCUGCUGAAGGAGAAGUACGACAGCGCCGCUGCCAUGAGGAUCAGCCGCAAGGGCAAGCUGGAGCUGGUCAACAACCGCUUCAACAUGCCCACACAGGAGGACCUGGUCUACGUUGACCCCAGCCCGGACUAUUGCCUGCGUAACGAGACCACCGGCUCUCUGGGCACCCAGGGUCGACUGUGCAACAAGACCUCGGAGGGCAUGGAUGGGUGUGAGCUGAUGUGCUGCGGACGGGGUUACGACCAGUUCAAGAGCGUGCAGGUGGAGCGGUGCCACUGCAAGUUCCACUGGUGCUGCUACGUCAAGUGUAAAAAGUGCACAGAGAUCGUCGACCAGUACGUCUGUAAAUGAAAGGAGCCUCCAAAGCAACAAAUCUAUAUUAUAUAAAUCUCUAUAAAUAUAUUUUAUAUUUGUAUAAAUAAACAGAUGAUGAUAAUAAUUAAAGAAGCUUAUUUAAGA